AUGGCCAAGGAUUCUUUUCUGCCGGCAAUACCAGAAGAUGCCAACAGUCUGCUUUGUGGCCCGGGCUACCGGACAAAGCUGGACAUGUGGCCAGAGGCCAUAAGUAUUCCCGGGAUGGAGACAAUUUCUCUGGGCGAAUUAGCGUUUUCUGGAAUUUGCCAAUGGAAAGAACCACAACUGAAAUUUACCUUGGAGCAAUUUAAAACGUCCAAACCUGGCAGCAACUAUUUGAACCAUAGCUUAAAUACAGAAGACAACCAACCCUUGGAUGGACUUCAGGAAAAGACAUUCUUGGACGGCAAAAAAUACAAUUCUGACAAGUCUCAGUCCAAGUCCGAUCAUAGUCAGUCCUCCUCAGAGAAAAAAUUCCUCCUAACCGGCGGCCAUCUGGGUACCAAGAAAAAAUACUCAGCUACAACGCCUGAAGCACCUGCCGGCCUGCCUGCGGCCACCAGAACCGCUGAAGCCACUUCAACGGCUUUGUCUGGCCGGCAAUCCUCAGCUAUGGCGGCUGAGGCUUCUCAAGCCGCCACCUUGCCCAACCUGCGUGCGGAGGAGGACAUUCAAGCACAGUUUGAUGGUGCACCUGGGUUGCUUCCACAGGAGGCGCCACCGGCGGACAACGAAACGGCCACUUUGACGGCCUUUGCUGGCCCUCAAUCCUCAGCUACGGUGGCUGAGGCUUCUCCAGCCGCCACCUUGCCCAACCAGCGUGCGGAGGAGGAAAUUCAAGCACAGGUCAAUGGCGCACUUGGGUCUCUUCCACAGGAGGCGCCACCGGCAGACAAUGACACCACCACUUAG